UUGUGUGAUGUGUGCACUGCAGCUUCUACUUAUAUUUUAAAAUUUAAAUGUAAGCGAUAAACAAAUCGAUGACCGCUGGUGGCAAUUAACGUCAUAUCCUGUUAACUGGAAGCACCGGAAGUGGAGACCGUGAACGCGCGAGCGAAAGUAAAAGGCAAAAGCAGACGAACGGUGAAGUUGGUCAAGUCGUCAAGUUAACAAUAGAUCCAUGAUCCAUCAGAUCCCACUGGGAUCUCGCUAGAGAAACCUGCCCUGAUUCAAAGGAGAUAACACACAAUCUGAACUCCCCUUUGACCCUGCUAUCUAGUAGACGAUUGUCAUAUUCAUAAAAUCCAGGGGGUGGGGGAAUUCAUUGGCAGAAAAAUAAAAAACUACUACUACUGCAGAGUCAAGUCGUGAUCAUAAUGUGCAAUGCCUAUGGAAAUUAACGACUGAGCGAGAUCACUUGAGUGCUGUAUUGAAAUGCAGCAGCCUCUUGGGCUCAGUCUUCGAGAUUUCAAAAGCCGUGUUGCUCGUUUUGCGGAAGAGAGGGGCAUAAUCAACAAACUUCGUGCGAAUCUGCGUUGUGAAUUUGUGAAAGCGUUGGAGCUGCUGCCACACCGGGCACAAGACUUCUCGUCUCGGACGUUGUCACAUCAGGUUAUCCAGUCGUUGAUUGCAGAGUAUCUAUCCCAUCAUGGCUUCCACUACACAGUGAGCACCCUCGUUUGCGAAAGCGCUCACCAAACGUGCCUGACGGCGACAGAUGUGCGUGCACUGCUCCACCUGGGCAAGUCUCAACUGCCAGCGCUAGAGAGCAUCGUGCAUGAAAGAAUGGGCACUGUUGAGGAGACAGAAGCACUGCAUCAGCAACUGGAGAACACGAGGCGGCAGUUGCAAGAAAUAUGUGAAAAGAUGACUCCAGUCGAGUCAAGCAAGUUAUGCGAGGAACACAACUUUUCAUUUAUUGUUUCCACGGAUAGUGCAAAAUGAGAGGAAAUCAGGCACAGGGAUCUUGGAUAUUCUCCUCCUCCAGCAGCAGGUCCUGUUCCUCAGCAUCUGCAAGGACAAGUGUGCUAAAGUGGCUACGACAAAGAGACGCUACUUCUCAAGGUGGACACUUUUAUUACUGUCUCUUGCUACAAAGCCCUCCACUACCAUCUGUUGGAUCAGCUCAAGUCCAUCUAUGUGGAGAAAAGAUGAUUCUCUUGAUCGUCGCCCUCUUGAAAAAGUGCAAAAGUGUGUCUCCCAAGAACUUACUACUCACCCUGCCACGACGACCUAGAAGGAGACGUGUUUCUUAUCAGUGUGAGAACAGUGAAAAUGCUAACCAUAUAGAGAAUCCUACCAGAGGCUAUGAGACAUAGACGGCUGCACCUGAAACAGCCAACAUGACAUCACACUCCUCCCACUUUCUUUCCACAUAGAUAUGCUAAGAAAAAGACAGUCUUGCAUACUUACGGACCGAGGGACACUUCAGCGAUAACUUUACAUUGUUUCUAUACAUCAUGUCAUCUUUACAUACUUUAUGAAGGUCACAUAAAAAAAAAUACAUAUUCUGCUUCAAUAUUUAAGUGGUUCAAUUCUGGGGUUGUGUUUACUUGCACUGUUGUGACUAAUAGUUAUUCCACCUGCAUGCUGUAAUUAUUGUCCAUAUGUAUUAUACUUGCUGCAUGGCUUCUGGUUUACAAGGAUAACGGUAUGGUAUAAGUACUGUACAGACAUGUGUAUGCUGGAUACAGUCAACCCUUAAUUUACGUAUUCCCUCGCUUUAUGAACAAUGCCCCCCUUGUACAAGACAUCUCACCUUGUUUUCCCAACUCUGUUUAUAAACUCUCAAUUUCCAAACAGUGAGCACAUGUUUCAAGGUAGAACCUUGAAGAACCAAUCCUUUUUUACUUCCAUUUACGAACAUGGCAAGUACAGUCAUCCAAGUGAAUAACGUGUCAUUAGAGGUUAACAAAGCAUAUACGUGGAGCACCCCGUGUCCCACAUAGGAAAACGUUAUUCACUUGUCUACCACAAAUCAAUCUUUCUGGGGCACGAACCAGCAAGCAAGUGUCACUUCAGAGCUGUACUUUGAAACGGGUGCAUAUCGAGGGUGUAAUACAGUACUUCGUGGACAGGAAUGACAAGUUAAGCGUUAGAUUACUAAUGUUUCUUGUGAGCAAUGUUGACACAGGAGAAACAAUAGAUUUUAAAAAAUAAACAUAAUCCCACAUUGCAAUGAACAGUCUGUGUCAACACUGCUCCUAUCGUUCUAGCGCUUUUGCUCAUUCCAAGCGAUUUUUCGAUAAAUGUUAGCUGCUCAUAUCGAGGGUUCGCUGCAUACAUAAAAGAUGGCAACUAUUUUUGGGGGGCUCAUCCUAGGGAAAUAGGCAAACUAAUUUUCAAUAAGACUGAGAUGGAACACAAAUCACUUUACAAUGAAAAAAUGUUAUGUGCUUCUCAUAAACCUGUGCAGUCUGUUUUGCAGCAGUCUUCAAUUGGUUAUGCGAUAACGGCGCAAUUUUCAUUGAGCAGUCGCACAACCUUUAAGCAAGCUGUACAUUUAUUGAUUACAGUAUCGUAAUCCCACAUGCAUACAUAAAAACAGGCCAUUUUCCCUUCUGGAAAUAUGCUUGUGGAUAACUUUGUAUUAUUAGGGUGAUGAACUGGGCAAGUUGGUAUCAUUCUUGCAUGAUGUACUAGCACUACUUAACAAGGACAGACAGGAGAGAACACAGGACUAGAGGUGUGCGAAUGAGAAUAUUUGAAGUCUAAUCCAAUAUCAAAUUGAAUGGGGAAAAUAAAAGCCCAAUAUUUUGUGC